UAAAGUUGUAAAUUUUACACUUUACAAUAUGGUUGUAUUGCAUACUGUACUGAUAUGUCUGUUCUGUGUGUUAGCUUCAGGAAGCAGAAUUUUUGAGAAAAUGAAGAAAAUCUCUAAACCAACAUGGGAUCAAGCUCGAAAUAAACAGAUUGUCAAACAUGAUGUAAAACAGUGUGCAGGGGCUUGUGCAGUAUUGAAGGAUACCUGCAAUGCUGUACAUUUUGAAGCUUCAAAUAACACUUGCUCCCUUGCAGAGAUAACUUUAUUGGAAGAGCCUCCUGAGGAGGAAGCAUUCCCUGUAUUCAUGGAUACUCAAGCAUUCAAAUCUCUAGAACAGAAAGAAAAUUUUCUUCUGGUUAGCAAAGCUAGUAUUAGUAUGGUUCAGUCCUAUCCCUGCAACUUUUCUGUACCUGGAAUUGAUGCUUUUGAACGAGGAGGAAUGGCUGUGCUAAGAGGAAAAAUCCAUAUUUACAACUAUGAAACUAACAAGUGUUACCAUCGAAGUAUUGUGGUUUCUGGGGUCUGGGAUGAAACACUGGACUGCUUAACGCCCCGUAGAAAAUUUCAGACUAUGACAGCUGUAGGGGACUACAUUCUGAUGACUGGAGGAAGUCCAGGGGGAGGCUCAAGCCUGGGUUUGAUUGAGCGUUUUGAUGGUAAAAAUUGGACAACCCUUGGCAAGACUUUAAGUGUGGCAACAUAUGCCCACUGUGCUUUAGGAAUCAGUGACACGGAAACGAUUUUGCUAGGAGGUAUGAAUCGUCGGGCAAAAGUUGAUAAAUAUGAUGUCACUGGCAAUAUCAUGGAAACCCUACCAAGCCUACUUAUUCAGAGGUUACAUCCUGGAUGUGGUGUUUAUAAAAAAGAAAUCUAUGUGGCAGGAGGAUUUGACCCCAGUUAUAACCCCUUAUCAGCUGUAGAAGUUUACAAUAUGGUGAGCAGGAGCUGGAGAAUGAUUGCUAGCCUCAAAUCGAGCGUAGUUGGCCCCAGCUUACAUACAUACAAGGGGAAUCUUGCCCUGUUUGGAAAUAAUUCAAUCCAGAUAUAUGAUGGAGUAACAUGGGCGAUUGCAUCAGAGUCUCUUGGCAAGAAAUUUAUAUGGGUGUUUUACUUAAAGUACCAUGUCAUUAAGCAUCACAGGUUUCUGAGUUUCAGAGCAAACAAAUAAAUGACAAAUGCUGUCAAAAGUUGUAGCAUUGCUUAUCUAUGUAUAAAUUUGGCUUGUCUGUCUGUUUGUUUGUUUGUAUUCAAUAAACGUCAAAACGGCUGAACCGAUCGGGCCCAAAUUUUUUUGUGGUACCUCACGGAGCCCCAGCUGGGAGGUUUAUGAAUGAUCAAAAUUUCAAAUAUUUGUCUCCAUCAAAAUUCGAUCUUCAUUAAGUUUUUGAUAAUUUUGA